GUAAGUCACGACGUAGGAUGGUUGUGGAGAAGCUGGGUCGACGUGGCUGACCACGUGAAGGUGGGAGCUGCGCAGGUGCAGACAUGUCCGCUGAGCAGCUUUCAAAAGUCGGUGGAGCUGCACCAGCUCUCCUAUCCAUCCCAGGCGUGGCGGCGCAGGUGCUUUCUUCGUCACCCCUUGCUCUGCUUCCUUGUUGCAGCUGGAAGGGGCCUGGUCGCAUUUCUGCUGUGCUCGGAGGCUGCAGUUGUACGUUUGCAAUGGCGAAUGCAACUGCUGCAGCCGGCGCUGUUUCCUGGGCACGGUUCAACUGCUGCUCAGCGUCAACUCAACAAACAGAGGGCAAUCGCAAUGGCUUCUUCGGCACCUUGCUUCCUUAUGAUCAGCGUCGCCAGGGGCGGGCUUACCCUUCAGUCCGAAGCCAGGCCGCAAGGGCAGCCGGCACCCCUGAGAUCCCGGAGGGUUGGGGCAGGACGGGCCGGUUAAAAAGCCAGAUUGACAAAAAGGGACAAAAGGCAGCCAGUCAAAAAGAGAAGAGUUUGGAGGGCUGGACAGAGGUUGCCCCGUCGCUGUCAGUUGAGGAAGGAACGAACAAGGCAACCAUCCAUAAAGGAGAGGGCUACGUGGUGAUCAAGUCCGGAGAUGAGCUGUACGGGAUCGACGCCAAUUGCGCCUCCUGCAAGUUUCCCGUCAUUGAAGGGAAGGUGACGACAGCUGCCGACGGCAAGGGGCCGCAGAUUGAGUGCCCGUUGUGUCAUUCCAAGUUCUCGCUACUCGACGGGACGGUGCUUGAAUACUGCCCCAAAGACGGGCCGAUGCAAUGGAUUGUGGGGACCAUUAAAGAGAAGGCCCCUCGCGAAAACACGAAGGUGUAUCCAGCUCGCAUGUCAAGGUCCGGUCGAGUCUACUUCCAGUUUGUAAAGCCAACAUAGAAGCCGCUUGCCUAUCGUGGACGGUCUUGAUCAAGAGUCUAGGAGCGGGGCAGGAGGUCUCUAUGGUCAACCCUGGAUCACAUGAGAGCAUGUUGAUCUUUCGAGUUGAAUCUUAGCACGUUGGAGAGUUUGAGCGUUUUCGGGUUGUACCGUGUUGCUGUGGCCUUGGCCUUACUAAGCUAGGUAGAGUGGUCGUGAGAAGCUGGACAAGGUAAACUGACGAACAGGUGAUGACGAAAGUCUGGUACGCAAAGUAGCAUGGUAGGAAAGUUUCUGAGUAUGCAAGGGAAAAAUUCCAUAGGAUAAAUGACGGAAUCGUGGACAUUAUCAGGAGCAUAGCAAGUGCCUGCUUGCACCGAAUGCAUCUCGGGGCCUGGGUGCUGUUUUUCAAGCAUGCUAGGCUUUGCUCGAGAGUAUGUGGCAUGGUCUGAAUAGACGAAGCGCGUGGAAGUAUACAACGGAUUUUUGGUACACUUGAGCUUCGAAUCAUGUAGUUGAUGGCGGU